UCCAUUCCAUGUCAUGUUAUGCUUUCGGAUAUUGCAUUUUAAAUGUUAUGGCCAGAAGUCCAUUUGUCAUCUCCUUGUUUUUAUUGCCAUGCUCGUAUACUUCCUAACUGCCCCAAAAUUGUUAUGUGGAGCACACAGCUUAUCGGAAGUUGUAAGAGGCCGGACGUAGCAUUGCGCUAGCCCGGGAUAACGCUACAAUUCAGUAUCUUCUCAGGGCUAGUUUCAGGGACGGUAGUCGGUAGAUACUACGUCCCAUUGAAUGAAUUGUGUGGUUGGACGUUCAAGCGUGGAGAUAACUUUGCAUUGUCCGUGAUUUCGUUUUUAACCGUGAUUCUGAUCGUUUUAUUUUUCAAAACACGCCAUUACGGAUAGUCAAUUUUUGACGGUGGUUUGUGUUUCCGUUAUUUUUUGCACCGGAUUGAGUGGUAGUGCGUGUUACAGAUCGUGUGGCUGAGGCCCAACACAAGCGUGGGGAUGGCAGCAACAAGAACAACAAGUAGAGUUGGACUAUUCGUAGAGCUCAGAAAGAGACUGAAAACGGGGAUGCUUAUUAUCGGGAAAGAUCUUGUCAACGACCCAACUGAGGUGAGCGUGGCAGGAGGCGAUGGAUCUCUUGAUAUUUCCACGGCCCACGGCCUGUUAAGCCUUGCGCUGCCAGCAGGUGUCAGCCUUGAGCCGGGAAGUUGCGUGCAGACCGCAGCCUGCGACGAGGAGCUGCAUUUCAGAAUGCGUAUCAAUGUAGACCAAAGCACAGAUGACGAGGGCAUUGGCAGCCCGAUAGAGAGGCUCCAGACCAAGGAUAGUUACUGCUUCCACUGUCAGGGCUGCAGGACCCGGCUGCUGGAUGACAGGGUGUUCCAGCGCGUGCUCCCCCUCCCCAACGGCAACUGGAACGCCAUCGUGGACGACUGGUGCUGCCACCCGGACCCCUUCGCCAACCUGAAGCUGCUGCCCCGGGCCCAGGACUGCCUGCUGGGCGACACCUUCUUCCUCCUCACCAGAGACGCCAGUUGCCAGGACACUCUGGUGGAGGAAGUGACCUGUGCCGGAACCGAUGCCAGCCAGGAUCCAAAGAAAUCCUGCCGCAGACUGGUGAGCAUCUCCUGCCAGAGUUGUUCAGCGGUGCUGGGAGAGGCCCUCGCUCCAGACAGCCUGAAGUUUUACAUCACCCAGGUGGUGGUGGAUCUCACCGUGGGCGGGAGCCAGGUAGAGGCCGCUGUCAGCAGAUCUCUGUUCCUGGAGCAGAGCGUCGCGGCCAGGAUGCUGGAGCUCUCCAACACACUGAGUGUCUUCCACUUCGCCAUCCAGACCCCUGAUGAAAAGCCCUUCUUACUGAUCUGGUUGCUGAACACAGACUCCGUCAUGGUGUCGGUGGCGGAGGCGUCUGUCCGCCAGGUUGAUGGCUCCGUCUCCCCGGGGCCCGAAGAGGCUGACGGGGAGUGUCUGUCGAGCCAGGCCCGUCCGGCCCUCAAACUCCUCUGGAUCGUAUGCUCCGACGAGGGAUUUGCUCAGAGAGAAAUCGUUGGGAGCUGGGAGACCAACGCCAUCGGCCACCCCCUCAUCCUGCCACUGACGGUGUGUGAGGAGCUGCUGCAGGCCAUGGAGGACACCAACGCCCUGCUGCCGUCCGUGCUGCGACACAUGAGGUCCUACCAGGUGUCCUAUCUGAGGCUGUGAGGAAGUGCCACCCCACGUCGAUCUGCAUUUGGAGAUCAUGUCGUCAAUUGCAUGGCAUAAUGUUGACGCCUGGAACCUACCGUUGGGAUGCUGCGUUACUAUUUUUAGUUUUUUUGUGGAUAUUUUUUGUUUCUUGAGGGGCCGUUUGAAACUCCCUAACACAGUUAAGCUGGUUGAUUUCGUUUUUUUGUUUUUCUACUUGGUUGUGGCCAAUGAGCAAACCAUCUUUCACUACCAAGCUAGUAAAAAGUUCCAUCUCCAAUAUUUGUUCAUGUACAGAUGUGUAUGAAACAUCAUUCCAAUGCCUAAAACAAAUGUUUUCAUCUAUUGUGAAUACGGUGUAUUUUUAUAUUUUGCCAAUCUUCAAAUAAAUAAACCUAAUUGAAUUGC